AAAACGGCCCCUAGGCUCCCGCUGGCAUGCAUGUAAUCCACCAAGGAAAACACUGACCGGUCGUAGAACGAUAGCGGCUGUUGACGCCUAUAAUCGCCUGUCAGUUUGAAGACAUAGAGUCGUGUUGUCAAAGGGGAGCCAGCAGCUGGAACAAAUAUGAAGGAAUGAGAGGAAAAUUUCUCUUUCCGCAACUCCAGGAAUGAGGAAGAAUAGUUAGUUCCCAGUCUCUAUGGCGGUGUGCCAUUCAAAGAGGAGUACGAUGAUGGCAUUGUUCCCGACAGAAAAGAAGAUCCUUGUCAGUGGGCAAUAGACAAUAAGCCGAAGAACAAAUUCCGUUUAGCUUAAUUAUUUCAUGAGUCUUGUAUAAACCAUACAGAAUCUGCACCCUAUAGCAGAAGGGAGAAGACCCCCCCACCAGCCGUGCGGCCAGAAGCCGAGUGCUGUGGUAAGCCCGUGUCACCAGGGUUUGGUGGCCGCUGUCCAGCUGUGGUCCUGCAGGGAGGAGCGGCCAGCCCAGCGCGACCUCCUCUCCCCCGGGGAGUGCGCCUGCAGUGACAGCACCGCUGGGAAACAGCGCUGGCCAUCGGCCCCAGCUCGCCCCCGUGUGAGGCUGGAACGAAGCUCGGGCAAGAUGUGCAGUGCAAAAAGUAAAACACUGGCGUUUACUGGAGUGCUUCUCGGCUGCCUGGAAAUGAUAUUUUCAGCAAACACAGCUCCAGAUACACCUGUUAUUGACCAAGCUUAUUCAAAACUUAGCAACAGUAUCACAGUGGAAUGGAGAGCAGUACCUGGGGCUAAUAAUUACAUGCUGACUGCACAAGAUGGAGAUUCCUUUGUUGAAACUAUAGUAAAAAAUUCUCCAGGCACAGUGACGGGACUGAAGCCUGCCACCUUGUACCGAAUCACAGUCAGAUCUAUAAAUUCGGGAGGAAAAAGCCAGCCUUCACCUUUCAGAAAAGUAAAAACAGUCUUGGCUGCUCCAAUUCUGUCUGUUCAUUCUCCGAGUUGUGACUCCAUUGCAGUGAGCUGGAAAGCUGUGCAUAUGGCAGCUGGAUUCUCUGUGUCACUCAUGAGGUCAGAUGGUUUGGGCAGAAAGCUGAAGCAGAACACCACCAAUACUUCCUUGAUAUUUACAAAUCUAGAUCCAGGAACUCUCUAUACUAUCAGGGCUUACGCCUGGAAUGCCAAUGGGAUGCCUGGAGAUGAUUUCACAUAUAACCAAAGUACAAGUCCUAACGCACCAGUGGAUGUUAAAGUAGCUUUCAGUAGUGGUGCUUUAAGAGCUGUUGUCUCUUGGAUGCCAUCAGAAGGAGCUCUAACUUACAGUGUCACAGUCUCCAGUGGACUCCUGAAACUGAGGUGUAACACAUCUUCUGCCUCUUGCAUGGUGCCAUCCCUCCAGUGCGGCUCUGAAUAUUAUGUGUCUGUCACAGCAUACAAUGAUGCUGGAUCCAGUGAACCUACUGAUGCAGUGAGCUUAAAGACUAUUCCUUGUGCACCAGUAAACAUAUCAAUUGAGGAGGAUGAACCUGAUCACUUGCUGGUUUCAUGGUCUAGCGUCAGUUUGGGUCAUUAUUAUGUGGUCUUUGUGAAGAGUGAUGAUGGCUUGGAAGUGCACUGCAACACAUCAUAUACUCAAUGCCAUUUCCAGUCAGACUGUGGUUUCACUUAUUUCAUUAGUAUCUUUGCAUAUAACAAGGCUGGGCAGAGUCCUUUAGGUGAUGUAUUCAAUUACACUACUACUCCUUGUUGCCCCAGUGACUUCAGGGCCGUGUUCAUGUCAAGCGACACGGUGCGGGUCACCUGGGCUCCUGUGCGAGGCGCUGACCUGUACGAGACCCGAGCAGCCAGCCGCAGCGGUGUGCUGCUCUGCAGGGACACAGCCACGGCCUGCACACUGUCGGCUCUGCAGUGCAGCACCCCCUACAACAUCACCGUGUUCUCCUUCAGCGAGGCCCGCGGCAGCAACACCUCGUGUGCACCUCAGUACGUGGCAACAGCUCCCUGCAGUCCUGAAAUAAAAAAUAUUUCAAAGGAGGGUCUGUCUGUAAUCAGUGUGCAAUGGCAACCUAACAAUGAAGAAGCUACAUAUGUUGUCACUGCCAGAGGAGAGGCUGGCCUUUGGCAUUGUACAAGCACCAGGAAUUCCUGUACCCUAAUGGAUCUUCCCUGUGGAUCUGCUUUCUCUGUAAGUGCUAUAGCAAGAUCACCAGCAGGACAGAGCUUGCCAAGCUACAGUAUCCCUUUAGAGACAGCUCCUUGUUGCCCUAAUGACCUGAUACUAACUCAAGUGACACAGUCUGUAACCAAUAUCAGCUGGUCUGUUGGGAGGGGUGCACAGACAUAUAUAACAAUACUGGAGUCUCCAAAAGGACAGGCAAAGUGUCACACACUUCAGACCUACUGUCUCCUGGGAUGUAUCACAUGUGGCACCAACUAUACAGUGUCUCUGAGAGCCAUUACUGAGACUGGUUUGACAUCCAGCUGCACCUAUCAGGGAUAUUCUUCUAGUGCUUGCUGCCCUUCUGGGGUGAAGCUCUAUAGACUCGGCAACAAUGGCAUCAGGGUGUUCUGGCAAGCUUCUGAUGAAACAAUAAACUACAAUGCAAAUUUACAUGGCUCAAAGGGCAAUUUCAGCUGUACCCCCAGCUCAGGUCUGAGUCACUGUGACAUCACCAAGAUACCUUGUGGGGAUGUCUACACUGUGGUGGUAGCUCCAGUGACUGACAAGGGGCCGAAACUCACGUUUUGUCCCAAGAAAAUAUAUUCAGUCACCUGUUCUGGAAGCUCUGUUGGAAUGGUUAUUUAUAGAGGAAGGAGCAAUGCAAAACACAUGUAGAUGAAAUUCUGGUUCAGAUAAGGAGUCUUUUUAUCCCUGAAGCUGGAAAGACACAUCUGUGCUUAACUGCAACAUUCACAGCUGCUUGAGGACUGGGAGGAUAGCUGAAGACCUAGCCAUAUCUGAGACCUAAUCCAGGCAAGACCUUCUCUCAAUACUCCACAGUGGUUACUAUUUCAGCCGACUUUGAAAGCAAAGUUUAAGGUCAAUGGUUCUACAAACACAUGUGUAAUCUAACACAGUCUUCAGAAGUUCAUGUGUAUAAAGGUAUCCAAAGACAACAGGGUUUUUAGCACUAUUUUCAGCUUAUAAAAAUAGACAAAAUCCAUUCUGGAAAUUGCCCUUCUUCAGAGAACACAUUAGGUGUUAAGUAUCACAGACAAUGCUUCUGAUCACUUGAGAAAAAUCUCAUGGGAAUGUCACACUUCAGUAAAUUGCUUGUAGAGGGCCCAGGAAUUAUAUGCUGCUUCUUAAAACACGAUCUGACUAAAAGUCACAAUCAAACAAGUCUUUCUUUAGGAAACAUUAUUUAAAACUGCCCUGCAUUAGUUAAUAGAAAGUUGGUUUUAUUUCUCACUUAAUAAAAAAAAAAAAAUUAAACAGCCUUCUUCCUCGAGGGUUUUAUUUGAAUAUUUCUUCUUUGCAGACAUCAUUACCAAACACUGUCACCACAGUGUGUUUAACUGCGUUUUCAGAGAUCUAAAACAAAUGGUUUCUUUUGGAACCAAAUUCAAACCCCAAACUACUUCUUUUCACCUAAGCAAUUCUGAUAAUUCCAUGCUCUAAUAGUAACCCCUAAUGUCCUUUAAGCCAUUCUAAACUGUUGGUGUAUGUUUUCUUAAUUCUCCCUGGCACACAGACCUUAACACCUGAAUUACACUCUACAAACAACAUUGUAGUACUAUUUUCAUCAGCUCCUCUCCCUUUUGUCACUGAAAAGAAGUGUGAUUUUAUCAGAAUGUAUUAUUUGUAUGCUGGGGAAAAAAAAGGCAAAAAGCUGAAGAGGAGUCAUGAUUUCAAGAAAAAAAAACAUUGAUUCAGCUCUAAAAAAGUGUGUAGCAGGUGUAUACAAAAAUAUAGCAAAACAGGGAGGAAAAGCAACACAAUGAAACUGAGCCAUAUACACACCUUCUACUAUGGCAGUGUGCAACCUCAGUGUGUUGUUAUUUAGCCAUUAGACAGUGUCUAAUAGUUAACACCACUAUGUGAAAUGGCACUGGCAUCACUGAGCUGAUUAAAAAAUUUGGUCAAGAUUGGCUGCAUGUUCUCUCCAAACUGAGGUAAACACACUUUUAUGGGUCAUGCAGACUUCAGACCACAGGAAAGGACGAUCAGAUGCCAUGCUUUAUUUAUAGAUGCUGUUUCUGUACUAUUUACUCCUAUGAAGCUUGGACUUCAUGAAGCAAAAAACCCUCAUUCAAUUCAAAUAACCAACCAACCAACAAAAGUUCUACCAAAAUCCCCAAGCAACCCAACCCCACAACCUCUUGAAAGAAGACUUGAGAACCAAGAAAAUUCCUGUUGAAGGCCUGGAGGUAGGCAGCAUAUGGAUAUGCUAAAAUGGAUGUUUUCUGAGCAGUAUCUGUGAAAUCAUGUGAACUACCACCUAGGUUAUUUCACAGCAGAUGACUUCAUUAAUGCUUACUUAAUAAAAAAUUUAAAUUCAGUGCAUAAUAGUAAAGAUCUAUUGAAACUACACAAAUAUGAACACUUGCAAAAAAAUCUGUAUCUAUAUUAUUUAAAAUACACAUUGUUUUUAAUUGCAUCUGACACAGAAUAGCUCAAACCUUAGAUAGGUUUUCAAUCCACUGAAGGAACUGACAAAAACCUACCCAUCAGCUGAUUUCAGACUUGACCCAAAUUUACUGAGAUUUAGUGUUCUACCACAUCUAACUAUUGCUGGUGAAAAUAGAUACAAUGACAACCUCAUUGCAAAACAUCAAGAGUGGCACUUAGAUGCUGUUUUACCCUGCCUAACAGCUGGUGGUCAUCCAUAACUAAAGCUACAUGCGCUUCAUAGUGGGGCAAAGGGCCCAAACAUCUAAAGCCAGCAGAAUUCAUCAAAUUCCUUCAGGUUCCCUAAAGAGGGGAACUUGUAUGCUGUAGGAGGCUAUUAAUACUAUUAUUCCAGUACUGAGCAUUGGAGCCACAGGAAAUUUCCAAGACAGAUGUGGCUUCACAAGGAUAGCUAUCCCAGUUAGGCUAUUAUGGACACGUAGCAUACCAUGGAAACUUCAGGUUCAUAGUGCUUCGGUCAUGGUUAUUUACCCUGAGAACUGAACAGUGAGUGCACAGACUGUGAGAUAACAACUCUGCAACCACAGCUCCUCCAGAUAAAAUUGGCAGAAAUUUUCUUCUAAUGCCCCCAAGAUGAAUGUCCAGUACAGCUGUACUGCACUGCAACAACAGCACCAGAGUGGGCAGCACUGGCGUCUCCACUAGCUCACCCCUGCUCAUCAGAGCUGCUUUCACAGCCCUGCAGUUCCUUCUGCUUUUUAAGGAAGGGCACACAAAAUAAAAUGGCAUCAGAAAGACAAAAACAAUUAAGAGAACCUGGAUACAAACUGAAGAGCUGUAUGAUAGUAAAUCCCAAGGAUAAUUUCAGAUGUCUUGGUUCAAAUGAUUUUCACAGGUCUUGGUUGGCAGUGAAUAUUGUGCUGUCCAUCACACUGCUAACUCAAGUACAUAAUAUCGAUAUUAAAUUCAGAGGUCAAAAAGGACUAUUUAUAAAUAGGAAAAUAAAAGCACAGUCCUGAAAUUACUGCACUUGUAAAAAGAUACUGGGAUGGGACAGUCUUUGCACAAGCUGUAUCAAAAUGUUCACCAUCGUUGUAGUGAGACGUAACUUGUCCACAUUCAGGUUAAUGAUUGUCUCUCAAAUACCUGCAUUUUUUCCUGCAAAUAAACCACUCUUUCGUAUUGCCCAAUAGUCUCAGAAGAGGAGGAAGAGCCCUGAAGGAACAACUGGAAAUCAGUAAUCCAUUUCCCCUGACAAAACACUGUUUCUGCAGCCUCUCUGCCCCAGAACGUAUUUGUUUCAGAAACUGAAGGUUAAAAACACGGCCAAAAGCAGCCCUCUAGACACAAACAAGAUAAAUUAAAGUUGUCCUCACUGUUUGGACAGAAUCCAUGCAAUCCCUUGGCAGACUGCAGAGACAGGUCUAGUAACUCACUAGACAGGGUAUUUCUUUUCUUCUCCUAUAUCAAAUGAAAGCUCAGUAUUAUAGCUUUAUGCUGCAAGGGAAUGAAUUUGUUGAAGCUGAAGUUUUGUUUCAAACUCAGAUUUAAAAUCAGGUAACACAAAAAUAAGCAGACAACCUUAACAAGAUAAGUACUAAAAAAUGUUGAUUACUAAGGAUCAUGGUGAUAAAGACUAUUACAGUUCAGAAAACAGGAAGAGCAGGGAGGAAGGAAAAGAAAUUUGCUUCUUGGAACACUAUGGAAUGAAGUAUACUGUUGGAAGUCAAAACACUGUUUUCCCUGGAUAUUUAAAAUGAAAUAUGCCUAGAUGACCUGCAUCACACAGAAGCAAAAAAAGGCACAAAUAUUUUAUUUCUACCCUCAGGUUACUUCAUGAUUCCCACUUCAUAUUCUUCCCAUUUGGGGCUGUGGCUUUUCUUUUAUUUGCUACAUCUAAGUUGUAAGUUACUUAUUACAUAAAAUCCUUUAUUCAUACAAAGUGUUAUUUAAUCUGAAAAUAAAAUGUGGAGGAACUGAAGCGCUCUUUAACUGGCAAUGAACAUGCAGGGAAAAGCUGACACUCAAUACAAAGGAAUUAAUUGAGAGUUUAUUCCAGAUGGUGCUCCUCACUUAGUAUACAAGUCAUCAAGAAUAAUCUAUGAAAUAGACUUGGACUUUAAUGAUACCAUCUUUUUCUAUAAUGCAUUUUGGUUUUUGCUUCUAACAACCUGUUUAAAAAAAAAUCUGCCAGAUGAAAUGUUCAGCACAAACUGUGAUCUUUACUAUUUGUAGAAAAUAUGAAUUAAAAAAGGACACUAUCAGUUAAUUCUUAUUUUAAAUGUUUACACUUAUAAAAAUGCUUUGGAAGCUUGAAACUGAAA